CUUAUCUCACCAUAUACGGUACCUAACCUUUGUCCUCGUGACAAAGUUAACAAUUUGAGAUUUUUUUUGUCUCUUCUUUUUUUUCAUCUUCUUUUGAAGUUGGCGGUUGAGUUUCGUGGCUCACACCUAAUCGCAAGUUUAUUAUUAUCGGCCUAUCCGCCUUUUCGUCAUUACCUAGUAAACUCCACACGGAAUUCCACACGAAAUCUACGCACAUCCCUCUUUGCGCGUUCUGUGCAUCUACAUCUCAUUUAUAUAUCCAGCCUUGCCAAUGCCCACCACCACCUACGAAAGUAACUUUCUCAGGCGACGCGCCUUUCUUUGUCUAUAACCUCUAAUUAUCCCUGCAGACGUCUUAGCAACAACACAUAUUCUGCAUGUAGCCGUACCUUGGCGAUCACAGCGACAGGCCAGGAAGCCAUACAAUAUGGCUUCAAACAAUCACUCACAGGGUAAUAACCCUUUUCACAGCCCUGCUUAUUCACCUGAUUCACUUGAUUCACCCGCACCUACUACAAGUCAGAACAACCCUCUCCAACCGAUACAAACAACUUCGGCUUCAGCUCUACCCACAAAGAGACUCCACAAUGAUAUUGAUAUUGAUAUUGAUACUAAUACUAAUACUGAUACUGAUGCUUUGUUUUUCGAUCCAGCCUCCAUGCAGAAUGGGUCCUCAAGACUCAAUCUGAACCCAGCCCUCUUACUCAACCCCAAGGGCUACGCCGCUCCUGCUGCACCUGCCCGACCGAGUGCGCCCGUUCGUCCUUACAACAAUUCGAUCAAUUCGAACGACUCGGCCGAUGUCGCAUUCCAAUUCACCAGCCCCGAUUUUCACUUUUCCAACCCGCAGAAUGGAUACACCACUACUACUAGCCAGCCUAUGCCACAGUCUAGCAAUUUCAGCAAUAUGAUUGACCGCAUGAACAAUGUGGAACAGCGUAUAUUCAAUCCUCAGACGAAACGCCGAAAGCUCGAGACGGAAGAUAAUGCCAGUUCGGCGCACACAUUUAGAAGCAGUGGCGGUGGAAUGGUUGGCCAGUACGUGAAGGAGAGGCGACAGGACGGAGGCAGUCAACAACGCUCGACUGGACCAGUGGAGGCCGUAGACCUCACUGAUACUGGGGGGGAAAGCGACGUCGUUGUGAUACAAGCCCCGAUAGACGAGGAGAUAUGUUACGGCAUGAUCCAACACGCAACCCUCAAUUGCCAUAUCGUUCCGAGUCCUAAGCCAGGCCUUAUUUCGCUCGAUCCCACUUGGUGGCCCCAAGUAAAAAUUGUACUCAGAAGAAAACUUGGUGAGGCUUCAUACGUCAUUCACGCCUGCGAUCAUACGCGCAGAAUUGUCGGGACGGUCGAUGCCAGCACUGCGUCCGGUCUCGCAGGCUUAUUAGACUCUCGCCUUCAAAUCAGAACCGACUGCAGGAUACCAACAAGGCAAAGGGUGGCAGGAGAGGAAGCUGGAAAACCGACAUCGAGGAAUUAUACACUGGAUCUGAUGCUUUACGGUCCCCGAAGGAGCGCUAGAGCAGUCGCGAGACAUCUUUCCCAGAAGAACCUUUGGCUUCGCAACCCCUCAAGAAUCGACCCGAGUAUAAAAUAUGAGAAUCCACAGCUUGCCGAGGGGCCCAAGCCUCCGCCGAUUAUCAGAGAACAACCUAAGAUGCUUCCUGGUACAUCGGCAUCUGUUCCGCCUCCUAUGAUGCGUAGCGUUGAAGAGAUUCGCUCCGAGGUUAUGGGAGUGUUUGACUCUCUUACGAAGAAUGAGGAGCUUCCGGAGAUGGAACCUGACCCUCGAGUGCAGACGGAACUUUUAAAGCAUCAAAAACAAGGGUUAAGCUUUAUGGUGACGAAGGAGAAGCCUCGCCAAUUUGACAGCGAUGGCAAGGCGAUCGGCUCUUUUUGGCAAAUGCGCCUAGCUAACAACGGCCAGACAACAUACUAUAACGUAAUUACGGGAAGUUGGCAGCGUGAAGCCCCCCCCGAGACCCUAGGUGGUAUCCUUGCGGAUAUGAUGGGUCUAGGAAAGACGCUAAGCAUCCUAUCUCUUGUCACUAGCUCUCUCAAAGAAGCUGACGAGUGGUCAAAGCUUACGCCUGUUCAGCCGCAGGCGCCUCCUAUGCCGAAGAAGAAACUCAGUUCUUCGGGACAAUUUGAUGUACCCACACCGCAGCCGCUCGGCCUGACCCAGCUAAAACUGAAUGGCAAAGCGACGCUCCUAAUAUGUCCUCUCAGUACGAUAACCAACUGGGAAGAACAAAUCAAAACUCACAUCCAGCCUGAUCAGUUGACGUAUUAUAUUUAUCAUGGAUCCAAUCGUAUUAAGGAUCCUAAGAAACUCGCCUCGUUCGAUCUUGUUCUGACGACCUAUGGAUCUGUCGCCAGCGAGGUAGCAUCUCGUAAUAAGGGCAGGCAGGGACCAUAUCCAUUAGAGGAAGUAGGAUGGUUUCGUGUGGUCCUGGACGAGGCGCAUAUGAUUCGAGAGCAGUCCACCUUGCAGUUCAAAGCUAUUUGCCGCUUACAAGCUAACCGCCGCUGGGCUGUCACCGGAACUCCUGUCCAAAACAAACUAGAUGACCUUGCAGCAUUGCUCGCUUUCCUCCGCCUGAAGCCUUUCGACGAAAAGAGCAAGUUUACACAAUACAUUACAGCUCCUUUCAAGGUUUGCGAUCCCGAGAUUGUCCCGAAGCUUCGGAUUCUCGUGGACAGUAUCACUCUUAGGCGUUUAAAGGACAAGAUCGAUCUGCCUCCCAGGACGGACGAGAUCGUAAGACUCGAAUUCUCUCCUUCCGAGCGCAAGCUAUACGAAAUAUUCGAAAAGAACGCGCAAGAUAAGGUACAAGUCUUGGCGGCAGGCAGGGAGAAGAUGAUUGGCGGCAGGACCUAUAUCCAUAUUCUUCAAUCCAUUCUUAGACUACGCCUUAUAUCUGCGCAUGGUAGAGACCUUCUCAGCGAUGAGGAUCUAGAGGCGGUGCAGGGCAUGACGCAAGAAUCUGCCAUUGACCUAGACAGCGACGAGGACGAGGAGAAACCAGCAUUGGCAGAAUCAAGGGCUUACGAGGCAUUUGAGCUCAUGCAGGAGACCAACAGCGACUUGUGUAUAUCCUGCCAGAAAAAGAUUGGCUCGAAUGACGGUGCUAGCAUCGCGUCAGAGCGCGAAGAGGAUGUUCUCGGCUACAUGACUGCUUGUUUUCAUCUUCUCUGCACCAGCUGCAUUAAGACUUGGGAAGAAGAUGCGGGCAAUCAUGGGUCUGGUACAUGUCCCUUCUGCCAGUCUCAUGUUCGCUUUGCCUACAAUGAAAUUCGCAAGAGCAAGGCCGAAGUAGAGCACGAGGGACACCAUCAAUCACACAAAUCUGAAGUUAAAGUUAGAACGAAAGAAGGCUACCCAGAAUAUUCGGGACCUCAUACGAAGACUCGCGCACUCGUCCAUGACCUUCUGAGAUCAAAAGCUGAUAGCGAGGCUCAACCAGACGAGCCCCCAUUCAAAUCGGUUGUCUUUUCUGCCUGGACGUCUCAUCUUGACCUUAUACAGAUCGCAUUAGACAACGCUGGCAUUAAAUACACUCGUCUUGACGGUAAGAUGAGUCGCACCGCCAGGACUGCUGCUAUGGAUGCCUUCCGGGAAGACAACUCUGUGCAUGUGAUACUCGUGUCGAUUAUGGCGGGUGGCCUCGGCUUGAAUCUCACUUCGGGGAACUACGUCUACGUUAUGGAGCCUCAAUAUAACCCGGCAGCAGAGGCGCAAGCCGUUGACCGUGUCCACCGACUGGGCCAGAAGAGACCUGUACGCACGGUUAGGUAUAUCAUGCGAAACAGCAUCGAGGAGAAAAUGCUCGAGCUUCAAGACAAGAAGAGAAAGCUGGCAAGUCUUAGUAUGGACAGAAAUCGGGUCAUAGAUAAAGCAGAGGCGGCGAAACAAAAGCUCAUGGAUCUACGCAGCCUUUUCAGAUAA